AUGCUAUCUAAUGGCAGGUAUCUUACAGUAGCGAAUGUUGCCGGCGGUGGAGCUGGCAUCCUAAUUUGUCAGUUUAUAUAUACUCAUAUAUAUCUGCAGAAGAAAAUCCAGGCAAAAAUUCGGGAAUUCUCCCAUUACAGAGGAGCCUUCACAGUGUUAUCGAAGCACAAAAAAGCAAUCGAAUUUUUGGGACUACCACUUACUAUUGGGGAAGUUGAUUUAAUGGACAGAAAAAGAAAUUAUAUCGAUGAACGGAAGUCUGAAUUGCGAAUCCCAGUUUGUGGAGAACGUGAUGGUGGAAUAAUGGUAGUUCGGGCGGAACGUGAUAAAGAUGGUGAAGGCUUUGAGACUGCGCAAAUUGAGCUUGAGCUCGAUGAAGCGGGGCACAAUGUUGUCAUUUACGAUAAUGGGAAGUGGUCUGGAAGUUUAGUCCCUCUUGACAAUUCAGAUGAUAUCUGUUCUAUUUUGCCUUCUAAUCAGUUUUGUUGUCAUUUUAAGAGUUGA